CUUGCUGUUUUGUUGAGAUCUCAACCUGUGCAUAACUUCAAGACUUAUAUCUUGGCUACUUGUCAGGUCUCGCGGUAUACAUAUCGAUGUGACUCAGAGCUAGUCCUACCAACGCUUCAGCUUCAAGUUCAACACGAUAAGUGACACGUUCCUGGCCUCCCUUCAGACGCAAUGCAAGGGGUUGAAUGUCUCUUCCUUCUACAACAGACAAGUUCUAUAGAUAUCUUCUUCUGGAACAACUAAUCAACAGUGCCCCGAGCCAGAUGCUAGGCAGGCUGUGGAGUCAUUGGCCCGUGGUUCAAGAAGUCCCGGUAAAAUCUAUAUAGAAGUUCUCGUGUGACUCAUGGUGCAGCAUGCAAAGUACCCAGCCUCCAACGCGCUCUCAGGCGCAGCUUAUAUAUGACCGACCUUCAAGCGUUUUAUUGACCAAGAAUCAUGCCCACUUUCGCUUCCUCCUUUCACAUCAAUCCCGCUUCAGCGCUGUCUCAGGCAACGCAGUCCACUCCAGCUCCAUGGCUGGGUCCAGCAUUUGGUGUUCUAGUCACCCUCAUCAACCUGCUGGCUAAAGCAGAGUCUAACAAGAAUGGCAUGCGACAACUCGAGGAACGCGGCCUCAGUUUGCUGGCUAUCAUCAAGAACGAAGGCGAAACCAUGGCGCCGGAUGACCAAAAUAGGCUUUGCUCAGGCGCAAAAAGCACCAUCCAAAGCAUCCUUGACAGAAUGACUCCAUGGUGCUUGAUGUCUCGAAUCAAGCUAUUCCUCAAACAGGAUGAACUCGCCGGAGUCAUCCAACAAUGUCAUCUCGAGAUAUCUGAUUGCUUAAACAAGUUACAGAUAACCUCGCACCUCGAGAUCCACAAAUGGCAGUCUGCCUUCGAAGACAACCAAAGGAUCGACAACGAAUAUAUGAUCCAAUAUCUCGGGGACCUCAAAAACAAGCAAGAGAUUCUCGUGAAUGUCCAACUGCAGCAAACCGCCGCGGUAAACCAGAUCUUGACAAUGAUGCAAGAGAAUCUUGGCUACGUCUCGGCAACAGCUGAACACGGUCUGGAAAGUAACUUGUACAACCUUCUCCAGCGUUCUAGAAGUUUACUUCCAAACAUGAACCUGAAACGCGGGGAAGUGAGGCGUACCAGUAAUUAUGCUGUGAAUGGGACGAGUCGGACCGAUGUCUGGGAAGGAAGCUACCUUAACGAGGAGAAGGUUGCCAUCAGAGUCCUGCGCGCAGUCUAUGCUACACCCAAGACGCUCAAGAGGUUCAAGGCCGAAGCGGAGAUUUGGAGAAGAGUAUUCGAAGUGGACCAAGGACAACAUAUCCUCACGAUAUACGGUUUUUGUCAGAGUGACGGGGAAUUUCCUUACACCGUAAGCCCCUGGAUGUCGAAUGGGACCUUGAAAGAUUACGUCAAUGAAUACCCCGAAGUUGACCACCGAUAUAUCUUGAAAGGCAUCGUCGAAGGCAUCACGUUGUUGCACAGCAUGUCUGUUGUUCAUGGCGACAUCAAAGGGAUCAACAUCGCCAUCAGCCCAGAUGGCAGGCCACUGCUUUCCAACUUCGGUUUCACAAGGCUUGAGGAGGACAUUAUGAGCAACUUUGACAUCAGCAAUGGCAGCACUCUUAACCAGGAGUCUCUGAGAUGGUGUCCUGCUGAGCUGUGCAGGAGCGGAGGCAAACGAACAAUGGCGUCCGACGUCUAUGCUUUCAGUAUGACCGUGCUCGAGCUUAUGACCCACGAAGAACCUUGGGUGUCAGUUCGCAUGGCAACUCAAGUCAUCCUCAAGGUCUGUCAGGGCGAAACACCACCUCGACCCACGGAUCCAGUCGUUGCAGAACGAGGUUUGGAUCAUGCGCUUUGGGCCGUGUUGGAGAAGUGUUGGUGCAUGAACAUGCAUGAUAGACUCACUAUGGAAGAGAUCGCGAGUUACCUGUAAUCUCAGGUUCGCAGUGUUUGUUGCAUAUAGUAGCCUGUAGGCGUACAACUGUUUUAAUACUGAAAUUUUGUACUUCACGUUGCACUGGGGGCGCAAUGCGCUUUUCAUUACUAGGCCAUUGGAGAUAUUGCAGCCCAGGCUGGAGAUCUCGAAGCGUCACAAAAUCUGUCAUUAGCCACGAUUUCUCUUUCUCCGCGGCCUGCUUUCCUCGGAGUGCCCGUGAGCAGUGUGUGCGGGAGCCGAUGACUGUUUGCCAUUGGGAGCCUUUAUUGCUUUCUCCACAG